ACCAACACGGGGUCAAAUGACAGGUAGCAGAGAUUCCACCGGACGCACAGCACACGUCGUAUAUUAUUGCCCCUUAUUAUGUCUGCCUGGGGCUGAGCUGGCAUUUUUACAAGGUUUUUCCUCUUGUUUUUUCUGACCGUAUCACCUUUGUUUUGGACUGUAACUUAACGCUAGCUUAGCUCGUGUUAGCCGUUAGCUUUGUUCUGCUCAACGUCGGCACAUAAGGUGACGAAGAAGACUAGAUAAUAUAUAUAUUAUCUAUACACACCAGGAAGUCAAUCCCCGAAGGACUCAAACACUCUAAAUUCAUGAGAGAAUCAACCCAAACAACCACAGUGUUGCUCCUAAGAUGAGGAGAUUGACCAAGAAAAGGGCUCUGACUCUGGUUAAAGAGUUGGACGCUUUUCCUAAAGUUCCAGAGAGCUAUGUGGAGUCAACAGCCAGCGGUGGAACAGUGUCUCUGAUAGCUUUCACUUUCAUGGCUGUGCUAGCCUUUCUGGAGUUUUUUGUGUACAGAGACACAUGGAUGAAGUACGAAUAUGAGGUAGACAAAGAUUUUAGCAGUAAAUUGAAGAUAAACGUGGACAUCACUGUGGCCAUGAGGUGUCAGUAUAUAGGUGCAGAUGUCCUAGAUCUUGCAGAGACGAUGGUUGCCUCUGAUGGCUUAAAAUAUGAGCCAGUCAACUUUGAAUUAAGUCCUGAGCGAAGAUUGUGGCAAAUGACUCUUCUGCACAUCCAGGAGCGUUUAAGAGUGGAGCACUCUCUGCAGGAUGUGCUCUUUAAGGCUGCAAUAAAAGGAGCUCCAGUUGUUCCUCCUCAUAGUGUGGACAGUUCUGCUCCCCUUAGUGCCUGCAGGAUUCAUGGACAUCUCUAUGUCAACAAAGUGGCGGGAAAUUUCCACAUUACUGUCGGCAAGUCGAUCCCACAUCCCAGAGGUCAUGCCCACUUAGCUGCUUUAGUUAGCCAUGAUUCUUAUAAUUUUUCCCAUCGGAUUGACCACCUGUCCUUUGGAGAAAAAAUCCCUGGGGUUAUCAGCACUUUGGACGGCACAGAGAAAGUCUCCACUGAUGCUAAUCACAUGUUUCAGUACUUCAUCACCAUCGUGCCCACAAAACUGAACACUUACAAGCUUUCUGCAGAAACACAUCAGUACUCUGUCACUGAGCAGGAACGAGUAAUAAACCAUGCUGCCGGCAGUCAUGGAGUCUCAGGGAUCUUUAUGAAAUAUGACAUCAACUCACUAAUGGUCAAAGUCACAGAGCAGCACAUGCCACUCUGGCAGUUCCUCGUCAGACUUUGUGGCAUCAUUGGGGGCAUUUUCUCUACAACAGGCAUGCUCCAUGGUAUGAUAGGCUUCUUGGUUGAUGUGGUCUGCUGUCGUUUCCAAAUAGGGAUGUACAAACCUCUUAAAGAGGCUCCUCUGAAUGUUGAGCCAAACAGUGAAACCUCAGUUCCUACCGAAAAUUACACUCAACAAUGAGUUGAGUCCCUCCAACUCAUCUGGUCUCUGUGCAGCAGACUGGCAACUUACCAUGUUGGCCUGACCCACUACACAGCAUAAAAAAGCUGGAACAAUGUUUACAAGCUGUUUUAUUAUUGAAAAUAUGCCCAUGUUGUUGAGAAAUUUUUGUAAAUAUUUUUUUUUUGCCAUUUUAUCAGUUUGUUUUGUUUGGUGAGGGAUUUGGAUGAGACUGCUUUUUAUACCCUGGAAGGAUUAUAAUCAAUACAUUUGCUAAUUAUCUGGCACUAUCACUGGAAGGCUGCAUUAGUGGGACUAAACAGCAGCUUCUAACGUUAUUAUUAUACAGCAUUACUGUAGAUGUGGCUUUAUACAGAAUGAUGACAUUUGGUGUGAAAAGGUCCUACACGGCCACAUUCCUCCUACAGCCAUCACUCAACUUAUUUUAUCUCAUCAGGCCUCUUUAAGAAUGUGACUGUGACCAGUACACUUCAUUGUCUAUUUUCCUCACUUGCGUAAGAAGGAAAACUCACCUUAACCUCAAUACUUCAAUGAUGACCUUCUAGACUAUUCAGCAUUUCCCUGCUCAACAACUAAAAGUUGUGUAAACAGCCAUAACGUGGAGUUUUGCAGUAAAAAGCUCAAAGCAUUUUAAUUCCUCAAGAGUGAUUGUGUUUUAAUGGUGUUGGAAGUAAUGAGGCAAAUUUGCUAAAUAAAACUUUUCAUUGUUUCUGUGAGAAAUU